AUGCUGGCCUAUCGCUGCAUCCCCAUGCCACAUCCGACUACCGGUGAAUCUCCCUACCGUAUCAUCACCGGGGCCGACCUGGUCCUACCACGCUUUCAAGAGUGGCACAAAUUCGAGAACCUUAUCACCGAUGUCAUCCCUCGCCUGAAACUCCUCAACACGUUCCGGCAGGAUGCACUCAAUCACACCUUGGCGUCAGUCAGCAAGGGCCGCCCCCCCGUCAAGAAAGACAUCGAUGUAGGAGACGCAGUUGUAAUCUUACUACUCGACAAGCUCCUUCAUGAUCUCCAGCAACGGUUCGGAGACGCUAAACUUCUGCCCACCUGGUCAGAACCCUGCCGCGUCACGGCAAUCAAAGACAACAGGGUUGUCACACAAUCGGUAUGGCACAUUCACCUGACUUAUGAGGCCCCCCUAUCCGAAGUCAUGAAGGUCACUCGCUUGCCUGUGGAUCUACGGGCCCUGACCAUCCGUGAGAUCGCGGCCGACCAUGUCCGACAUAAGCCCCCAGGCACGGACUCCCUACGACGUGCGAACCUGUACGAGAAGACACCACAGAUACCGCGAGGACCUCACACCAGGCCGAGACCGGUGAUCCGCUCCAUAGACAGACUGCUGAUGAACAAUACGGUCAACUCAAGACUUCAUUUCGCCUUGGUACCCCGCGACGCUUUAAAAAGCCCGGGAGGUUGUGUCGUAUGA